ACCUCUCUUCCUUUCAACCACCAUCCUGACUUUGCACUCUACAACCAGCUCACUAAUACACCACUACAAGCUACACAUAGUAAACAUCACAUCAUGCCAGGCCCCGGCUCACGCAAAUCCAAAUCCAAGAAACCAAAGUCCACAGCCUCACAAAGGGCAGCAGCUGCAGCAGCCCAGUAUGCCUACGUGCACGACGUUGACGAUGCAGAUGGCUGGACACCUAUCGUCAACAUCCUCUGCGGGGUGUUUCAGCUACCAGACCUGACCACUCGCCGAGGACUUAAGAAGGUCCACCAAAACUUUGAUGAAAUCUACAACAAGCUUGAGAGUGCCUACCAGGCCAACCUGCACCACGAAAAGAUCAAAGGCGGAAUAGUCGGUAUCUACACUAAAAUGUGUACAGACUCUAUCUUGCGCAACAAACUUUAUCAACGAGGCCUCCUCGACAAACUAAUUCCUCUUGUCUCACUCGACUCGACCCGUCGCAUGGCCCUGCGCGCCCUCGUCACUUUCACCCACCACGGCGGCUCCGAAAUUCGCGCCAAAAUCGCGACCCAUGCCUCCGUCCUCACCUCUAUCCUCAUCAACUACCCCUCGGACGCCUUGCUCUGCGAAAUGGCUGUCUCAGUCCUCGCCCACUCCAUCGGAGCAGUGACCGAAGGCCCCGAAAACGCCUGCGCCUCCCCAAAGAUCCUCGCCAAAAUCGACAUGCCCACCAUCCUCAAACAAGUCGUCAAAGCCACAAAGACACACCACACCCAUCGCGUCCUCUUCGAACACGCAGUAGAACUAAUCGCCUGCUCCACCCUGCACGCUUCGAGCGCCUUCUACAAAGCGCCCGAGGCCAUCCGCUUCCUGGUCGCUGGUGUACGCUGCCGAGACUGGGUAACCCGCUGCCUCUGCCUCACCGGCCUCAUCCGCCUGCACAAAGCCAAAUCCGAGGACGACCAGAGGUUCCUAGACCCCAACCGACUCAUCGCCGCCAUCUCCCGGGGCACACCCGACCAUAUCAGCGACGUACUCAUGGACUACGGACCUACUCGCUCCGAACUCUACCUCUCCCUCUCCUGCACACGGGAUUUCCAAAAGGCCUUGAUGGACGUGGCCCAAACUCACGAUCUGCACGCGCUGGGCAUGACACUCGCGCGUCUAAUCCUCACAACCGAGUUCAGCAUCGCAGACGGGUAUUUCGAGAGUAUAAACCCCAAAACCGGUGCCCGCGAGGCUAUAGACGUCGGUCUACCCUUCUCCCGCUACUCCGAAGCACUACCCCACUGCGCCUCCGCCCUCCGCUCCUCAAAGACGCACAAAGGUCUCCCCCGCACACCAACCCAGCACGAACUAGACUGCGCCGACAUCCUCGAAAUCAAAUACCACAUCAUGAAAGCCAACAUCCCCAAAGCCUGCUCCGUAGCCCAAACCGCACUCAAACGCAACCCCGAUAACGCGUACUUUUACUACGCCAUCUCGCUGAGCGCAGACCACACCCAAGGCCUCCGCGCCUCCAAGAAGGGCAUCAAGUGCAAAACCAUCACGCCCUUCAUCAAAUGGCAGCUAACCCAACGCGCGGUGGAGCAUGCGGGGGAUUUUGGGCUGCACGUUAUCCAGGGUAUCCCUACCGCGGGCGGGGAUGGUGGGCAGGUCCCGCCUGCGGCUGUUAUCGCCGGUGCGAGCGGCGGGAAUGUGGGAAGUAGGGAGUGUAAAUGGGAAGAAGGCAUCGCGUUCUUGAUGAGUGCGUAUGAGGAUGCUAAAUCGUUUUUGAAUGGCGCGCCGCCGGAUAACCGAUACAUGAAGAACGUGUCGUAUUGGUACAUCCUCCUCACUAUCCUCAUUGCUGAUAAGAUUAGCCCGGACCUGCGUGAACUCAAGGUGCUCUUCCGUCCUUCCUUCGCAUUGGAAGGAAUCAACAAACUCGCCUUUGCAGACGAAUGCUCCAAGUUCAUGGGCAUCACACCCCCAAAGACAAUGCUCCGUCUCACCCAAGAAACCGCAAUCAAACUCCUCCCCAACGCAAUGGUCGAAUUCAAAGAGGUAUUCGACCGACGGCCUUCCUCUCCCCCACCCUCCGACACACUCGCUCUACCAUCAUCGCAACAAGACCACGCAGACUCUGGCGUGGCAGACGAUACCCAAAGUCCCGUAACACAAGAGAAGGACUACCAAGAUGACCUAUCAGCCUGGCUCGACCGCCUCGACAUGGAAGACUCUGAGGAUCCUUCGACUUCUGAAUACUCGAUCCCGCACGAAACGACGAAUGCCAAAGUUCGUAUGGACCGCGUCUCGCUGUACCGAUGCUCGUGGUGCGGUAAUCCGAGUGCUGCGUUGCAGAAAUGCUCCGGAUGCCAGAAAGCUCGGUACUGCGACUCGACAUGCCAGAAAUCCCACUGGCCAGACCACAAAAAGCCGUGCAAGGCGGCCGUAGCUCAGGCCCGCGCUGCUACUAGCGCUUCCUCGACCUAA